AAAGUGAAGGAAAACUUCGUCCAAAAGCCAACCCAUCUCUCCCCUUUUAGAGGAGCAGAGAGAGAGAGAGAGGGAUGCGUGAGAGAUAUAUAGUAGGGUCAAGAGAGAGAAGGGUUGAAGAGGAGAAGCUUGGGGCAAGCAAAACUCCAAAGAAAAAGAAGUCGUUGCACGUACGUAUGGUAUAGUAGCUGCAUGUGUGCAAAUUGCAGUGUCUUUUAUGCCACAAGUAGGAAGAAGAAGAUCAUUAUCAUUGACAGCUCUGAGAAGCACUAAUCUUAUCAUCAAAACCUUUAUGGCGAAAGAAGCGUGUAUUGUGGAUUAUUCUACAACAGCAACAGCAAAUGCACGAGUUCAUGUCUCAUGCAUGCACUGUCUCACUGGAUAGUCAAGCUUGAAAGGGACCCCCACUGUAUUCAAAACAACUGGUGGCGUUUGUGGUUCGAAUUCGCCCUCCACCACGUACCCUAGCUAGCUAUUAAUCCUUCGAUCAGCAUUAUCCACAUCGAUCCUAGACAUCAAUUGAUAUGUCAUUUCAUCUUUCCAAUUGCAGAUCAUCUCAUUUGUCAAGCGAUGUGCCACGUGGCAGCCCCUUCACCUCAUAACGUUAGAAUCUUGGGAAAAGGGUCUAGAGCUUCAUGUAACUGCGGUAGCCGGACGCAUGGCAGGCGCUUUGUAAUGUAACUGGUCUCUCUCUCUCUCUCUCUCUCUCUCUCCAGCACGGUCUUUUAAGAUUCACGCCUUCUGUCUCGCUCUGUUUCUCCUCGAGAUUUUUCAAAUAUUUGUUGUCGUUCGCUUGUUGGAGUGCCGUUUAUAGUAAAAGAAGUGGCCGACGGAAAGCAAAUUCUUAUGGAUUUGAGGGGCAAGAGGAUUGCCUACUAAGGAGUUUAUCCAACCAAGGAUGAAUGUGGACAAUGAGAACACAGAACCAGUGACUGAUUUAGGACUUGCUCUGGGUUAUUCUAACCCGUGCAUCCAGAGACAACUGAACAAUGAUUCAGGUGCAGGUGCAAAUGCAGGUUCAAGGAUAGAAAUGACAUUUGUAGCCCCUGACCCCCUUUCUGAACUAGUUUGGUCUCCACAGAAAGGUUUGUGUCUCAAAUGUGCUGAUUCCAGCUUCGCCGAUAAGAAAGCCUCUCUUUUGUGGGGUGCAGGACCAAGCAAUGCGGCUUUUUUGAUGCCUCAAAGCACUGCAGACGGGAGGUCUGAUACUGACAAUCCUAUGGUUGAGGAAGUCAUGAUACCACAAGUAGCAUUUCAUGCAAAGGAUGAUUUUGCUGGUACAAAUACUUCGACUGGGUCUCCUACAAGUGAUGCUGGUAGCAUGUCAGGAUGUGGACCAAAUUAUGAACAUGACACAGGAUCUGUUGGUAAUGUGGAGGAACUGAACACUGCAGAGGGACUAUCUGUUAUACAUGUUACUCAAAAUGAGGAUCAAAGAAAGAGUGAAGGGGAUGAGAUUUGUGCUCAAAUCAACAUUCAAAUGGUUGAAAUUGAGACUAGAGAAAACAAUCUUUCUAGUUUGCCAGGCCUGGGAAGAACAGCUGAUAUUUCAGCUACCAAAAUAGAUGAACCUAAACCUUAUCUGGUUGCAAAUGAACCAUUUUCUGGGGAUCGUAUUGGUGGAGACACAGAUUUUGGAGGUGGCAAUCAAAUAUUGGGAAUGAAUGAUGUUUUGACCUCUGAUAUUCACCCUGCGGAUGAAUGCAAAGCUUCUGAAACUCCAGUCCAGAUUCUUAGGUCCCCAGGCAAAAGGCCUUUAGAAAAACUGGAGCAAACUGCCGAGAAUGAUUUACAGACUCUGGUUGGUGAAAAUGCUUGUGAUGCAGCGAGUAAGAUUGUAGAAUCAGAAUUUGUUCAUGAAGGUAAAAACGGCUCUCAGCAGGGUGAAGAGGUUCUUCCCAGAAACAAGACUAUUCCAAUUCAACUCUCUCAAACUAACAGCAGAAUCCAGAUGCAUCGAAGAAAAGGCAAGGAAAAGGCUUUAUCUGAUGGAGAUGGUAAUGGAAGAUUAUCAAAAGAGGAAGAUGACAGCCAUGAGAGUGUUGAAAGCUGCAGCAGUGCUGGCUUAUUUUCAAAAGGCAAGAGGAGGUGGAGCUUUGAAGAACACCUGAUUGUUGGCAGUAAAAGAGUGAAAAAGCAAAUUCAAGAAACACCCAGUUCGACAUCCUAUAAUAUACAAGAUAGCUCCUUUAUGAAUUGGAUAUCAAACAUGAUGAAGGGCAUCCCCAAAGCAAUGCAAGAAGAGGCACCCUUUCCUGCUCUUGCCAUUGCACAUCCUGAUCAUGGACACCAGAAUCCUCCUGAUCAAAGUCUUCUCAUAUGCAACAAGAAUCAAGAUCAAGGGUUCAAAAUUGGUUUUCGAUCAAUUUUUCAGUCCUUAUAUUGUCCAAAGGCGGAAGGAGAAGCAACAACAUUGAAUUCCAAUUAUCAAACUGGAGAAGGAUCUAAGGAGCUUGAGCUGGCUAACAAGGUAUAUAACAUUAAUGCUACUCCAGUAUCCAUUUGUGGGGAUGGUGAUAACAUAUGCAAACAACUUUUGCUGCCAAAUGAGAAGUUUGACGAAUCAGAAUCUGGAAAUGAAGCAGGUUUGGCAACCCAGCCAAAAAAGUUUCCUAUGGAAUAUGCUACCAGUCAGGAAAAUAGCAAGACCAAUUCUGGCAAGAAGAAAAAUUCAUGCGAAAAGGAAUUUGGUAAGGGAAAAAAUGAAAUAAGCUCCCCUACCUCUCUGGGUAAACGUAAGACUAACAGUGCUGAGAACAUUGAUUCUGACCUACCAUCUGAAGGGAAGAGAACAAAUGAUUAUGGUUAUGGGAACAACCCUCUGGCAAGCUUGUGGAUAACUCGGUUUUGUACAAAAUCUUCUGGCCCCUUAGUAAACAUGGAUGAUCGUGGCCAGAGUAUUGAUAUAGGUCUUGAGUGCUCCACUGAUUGCACAAGGAUUCUUCCUUGUCCUCAGAAUCAUGUUGGUUUUUCCCACAAUCACAAAAGUGUGGCAGUGAGGGAGCAAUCCAUUGAAGACCCUAUGCUUGCUUUGGGUAAAGAAUCACAGAAGUGUCCUGCUGACACUGAGGCUGUCAUUGGUGUUAAUAGGAUCAAAGGCCACAAUGAUCAGAAAACUGUAUAUAAUCUGAGCCCUUUACUGCAUUCCCCAAAAUCUAGAAGUUCAGAGGCAAUGGCUUCUAUCUUUGCAAGAAGAUUGGAUGCCCUCAAACACAUCCUACCAUUGGAUGCAACAGAUAGUGCAACUCAUGCAACUAUAACAUGUUUGUUUUGUGGCAGUAAAGGUCACCAUUUACAAGAGUGUUCUGAGAUAACAGAAAAUGAGAUUAAGGAUCUUCGUAGGAAUGUUGAUUCAUAUAAUGGGGCGGAAGAAUUGCCUUGUUUGUGCAUUAGAUGUUUCCAGCACAAUCAUUGGGCUGUUGCAUGUCCCACUGUAUCCUCAAGAGGGCAAUGUCAAACAAAAUGCGGUGCUUCUUUGGUUGGCCCUAUCAAAAUGCAGCACAAAACAGGAGGUGAAGAAAAUUCGAAACUGCUAACUGAUUGGAAAAGACAAUUUCAAGCCGCUUGUGAUGGGAGUGAUCUUAGAAGAUCAGAUCAUGGUUGUCACUGGAAAUUGAAUGAAGCGACAGCCCCUGAAAAUGUCAGAUCUGAUUCAAAUUCAAAGAAGAAAUACAUUACUUCAAGUUCUGGGGAAAAUUAUUUAAAAGAACAUAAGAUCGCACCUGUCUGUAUGCAAAUUUCAGAUGUACCAAAAGGAAUCUUUGACACUAUAAAAAGCCUUCGUUUGUCUCGCUCAGAUAUCCUAAAAUGGAUGAAUUCCCAUAUGUCACUGUCUCAUCUUGAUGGUUUUUUCUUGCGCCUGCGGCUUGGGAAGUGGGAAGAAGGACUUGGGGGAACUGGAUACCAUGUGGCCUGCAUAACUGGGAAGCAAAGAGAGAAUUUGCAACAGAAUGGCAACAUUUCUGUGUGUGUAAACUUAGGGGGAAGCAAAUUCUUAGUUGAGAGUCAAUAUGUCUCCAACCAUGAUUUCCUUGAGGAUGAGCUUAUGGCAUGGUGGAGCGCAACCUCAAGUGACAGAUGGAAGAUCCCAUCUGAGGAAGAUUUAAGACUGAAAGUGAAAAAGAAAAGAAUGCUAGGCUUGUUGUAGGCUUCGUUUUCAGUCGCAAUAAUGCUACUCUCACUCUUAUUUUAUACUGGCUAACGUAGCGUGUUUAAGUGGCUUCUCAUCUCAAGCACUUAAAACAAGUGACGCCAGCCGAUAAAUUGGUACGAAGAGUAACAUUAUUUUUUCAAGAAUCGUCUUUGAAAGCCUUCGCAAUUAAACACUAAUGCAAGGUGAGGAAGCGAGACUAGCAGUGAGUGGUGUUGUUUUGUUGUGCAUAUAUAUAGGGCUCAUUUGGGUGUUCAAUUUUUUUUGUAUUAUAUUAUAUUAUAUUCAAAAUUGUGAAUAUCAAGAAAAAUUGAGUUUUAAAAUUAUGUUUGGAUGUUUUGGAGAAUUUGAAAUAAAAUUUGAAAAAUAUGUUAA